GAACAUAAAGGAUCUAAUGGAAAAAAAAAGAAAAGAGGCGAACUUGCCUUCAAUUGUCCGAGCCUCACGUCAUGGAAAGAGUUACUUUGUUGCAGCGCGCACAGGAAUAAACCCAAAGAAAUAACACCGAGUGGCUGUGUGUGUUGAUAUCCCGUUGAAGGAGACUGUUUGGAUGCUGCUUCUGCUUUUCUUGUUACGUGGAAAGGCUCGACUGAAGAUGCUCAGGAACCUGUUUACAAGGACAACGCAGCAAGUUUCAGUCUGAGGGAAUGCGGACUCGGCUCAAACUGCACAGGGAUACCAUUACUCAUCUCUCUGUUUUUCUUCACGUCACGCCAGUUUGUCUGGGAAGUAUUUUCACCGAGUAUAAUUUUGUGAGAUAAUGAGAAUCAAGUGUCCGAUACGUGAACAAGGCGAUGGUCGAAGUCCCGUUUGUGAGGAUUAAAACCGCAGUCGGCGCUUUUGGAGGAGAUCUUUGGUGAAACCAGAUUUGUUAUUUGAACCUGUUGUGUUUGUGAUGGAAGGAGGAAGGAGGUAGAGAGUGUGUUAUGCGGGAGUUAAUGUGUUAUAGAGCCUCUUAUGACCUAAAGUUAUUGUUAGACUUCAAGACAGAAUAGACAAUAAGACAAUAGAGUGAUAGUUUCAAUGGGCUGAGGAUGCUGGUGGGCUCAGCAGGCAUAUUUUAGACGUUUUGGGGCAGAGGGAAGUAAUAGUUAAAGGCAGCUGUUGGCUGCUCCUUUGUUUACCAAGUGUCAUAUCAUUAAAUUUACACGCUGUGCUGUUGCACACCUGAUCCCACAGCUGCCAUGUCAUUUGAGAUGAGUUUAAAUAUUACAGUGAGCUAGUAUCAGAUGUUUCAGCACAGCAUGCACCAAGACAGUAGCAUCAACAUAAUCUAGGCACUAUGUGCAUGUAGAAUCUGUUGCUUUAGGACCCACUGGAGUAUCAAGAUGUCAGUGAAAGCCAAAGCACUCUACACUUUUCUAAGCGAAAACAAAGAAGAGAUCAGCAUCCAGGAGAAUGAGGAAGUGAUUAUCUUUGAUGAAAACUCAGUGGAUGGCUGGUUUCAGGGGGAGAACAGCCGAGGGGAGAGGGGUCUCUUCCCUGCGUCCUAUGUGGAAAUUAUUCGUACUCGCUCAAACUCCAACGUGACUGACUGCUCCAUAAGCCCUGCAGGAUCUUUAGGAAACGACUCCUCCUAUUUCCCCUCGACCCCAAACACCACUCUGCAUUCGCAGCAGAGUUACUAUGACGAUGACGACGACGACUGGGAUGACUGGGACGACAGAUCGACAGUGGUGGACGAUGCUGACCACACGAGGAGCCCUGGGGCCAAUGGACAUGCUCAUCAGAGCCCACUGUCCAACAACCCCAAUGUGCACUACCGGCCCAAGCCCCACAUGGAGAGACAGGACAGCAUCUCCAGCUCCAGGAAAGGCAGUAUGGUGGGCAGGAACUUGAACAGAUUUUCCAGCUUUGUCCGCUCAGGGGUUGAAGCGUUUGUGCUGGGUGAUGUACCAAUGAUGGCAAAGAUAGCCGAGUCUUACACCAUCGAGAUGGGUCCCUUGGGGCCUCGAUGGAAGGAGAGCCCACAGCCUUUCACCUGCUCCAUUGAAGACCCCACAAAACAGACAAAGUUCAAGGGCAUCAAGACGUACAUUUCGUACCGGGUCACGCCGAGCCACACUGGGCAUCCUGUCUACAGACGCUACAAACACUUUGACUGGCUGUACAACCGCUUACUGCACAAGUUCACUGUGAUCUCCGUGCCUCACCUGCCUGAGAAGCAGGCCACGGGGCGAUUUGAGGAAGACUUCAUUGAGAAGCGCAAGAGGCGACUAAUACUGUGGAUGAACCACAUGACCAGUCACCCCGUCCUCUCCCAGUAUGAAGGCUUCGAGCACUUUCUGAUGUGUGCUGAUGACAAGCAGUGGAAACUGGGCAAGAGGCGGGCGGAGAAGGACGAGAUGGUGGGUGCCCAUUUCAUGCUGACCCUCCAGAUCCCUAACGAGCACCAGGACCUUCAGGAUGUUGAGGAGCGCAUUGACUCCUUCAAGGCUUUUGCUAAGAAAAUGGAUGACAGUGUGAUGCAGCUCACACAUGUCGCCUCGGAGCUGGUGCGUAAGCACCUGGGUGGGUUCAGGAAGGAGUUCCAGCGGCUGGGAAACUCCUUCCAGUCCAUUAGUCAGGCAUUCAUGCUGGACCCUCCCCACAGCUCAGAGACCUUAAACAACGCCAUCUCCCAUACAGGCCGCACCUAUGAGAACAUUGGAGAGAUGUUUGCAGAGCAACCUAAGUAUGACCUCUUCCAUAUGCUGGACAAGCUGUCACUCUACCAGGGCCUGCUCGCCAACUUCCCCGACAUUAUUCAUCUACAGAAAGGUGCCUUUGCCAAAGUGAAGGAGAGCCAGCGGAUGAGUGACGAAGGGAAGAUGAACCAGGAUGAGGCGGAUGGCAUUAGGAAACGCUGCCGGACGGUUGGGUUUGCCCUCCAGGCAGAAAUGAGCCACUUCCAUCAGCAGCGAGAGGUGGACUUCAAAGACAUGAUGCAGGCCUACCUCAGGGAGCAGAUAGCCUUUUACCAACGUGUUGUCCAGCAACUGGAGCGCACCCUGCGCAUGUAUGAAUGUCUGUAACAACAUAGAACUGCUGCCCAGUUCAAGAUGCCAAACACACAGGAGAGAACGAAAAGGAGAUCCAAGUCUCGACUCUUUCAUUAAGGCGUUUCGUGACGGUCAUGUUUGGUUUGCGGAUAUGUGAAAUAGAAGUUACUGGAAAGACAGUUGGUCUUUAAUACGAUGGAUUCAAAGUCACAUUUUUUUGUUUUUUUUCUUUCAAAACCUACUGUACCUUUUAUUUCUGAAAUACACAUCACAUAGGCAAUGCCGCAACAUAUUGUUUAUUUUACAUAAUUUAAGGUGUUUGUAGCAUUAAAAUAAGAAUAUAGGUUUCAAAUUCAUAGUGGAUCUAUAGUUGAAGGUUGUAUCGUGUAACACACCAUGAAACGGGUUCUGUUUUGAUGUUGUCCCCUUCUCUCCGUCAUCAUGCACUUUGCCUUCUCCCAGGACUGAUUCGAGUGGCUUCAAACACGAACAUUUUAAGUUGCAACCACAUCCACCCAGACUGCCAUGACGUCGCUUUCCACCCGAGGAACAUGGCAAUCUAAUGGCAUGUUGUCACACUACGUUUCCCAUCAGAUUAGCAAGUCUGUCUCAAUCCCAAGCUCAGCUCAAAACUGGGAAGCAGACUGAUCUGAGGCAGACAUCAGAUAAACAUUCCAGAUGUCUUUUUUUUAAAUGCAGCAUUUUAGGACAUUAGUGAAGUCCCUGAUUUUUCCAUGACAGAAUUGUAUUUCCGGCCAAACAAGUGCACUGAAAGUGAAAGUUCACCAUCAUCUCGCUCAGGAGUUGACUGCUUCGAAAUUCUUGUCAGUUUCUCUGGUGUCUUGACACAAAUCACAAAUCUUCACUUUGCACCAUUUGGAAGACUUACUGAUACCAGCAAUUCAGUUUAGUAAUAUAAUGUUCCUACUUUAUUCAUGCAGCAAGUGCCUUUAAGGAUCUGAGGCAUUCUGAUGGAAUGAAAAUGUUUUUACACGGACCAUUCGACUGUAGCAUGGGUUUUUAUAGAGGAUAUUUUCUGGAAAGAAUUGUGUUUAGAAACCAAGUUUGCACAUGUUUUAAUGUACUAUUGGGUCAUCGUGUGUAGGGGCGUGUUUGUGUGUGGGUGAGUGAGUCAAACUACUGUGCUGAUCAACUGCCUCUCCCACGGUGGAGAACAAAAAUGAUGUCUUUGUAUGUAGCAGCAGGUUUAUCAAGUAUGAAAGAGUAGUCAUAAAGUUGUAGAGGAUUAGCUGGUGGUGUGAGGCAGAACAUCAAACUGGCAUUUAAAUGUUGGUGUUAGCUUGUUUUAUUGACAGUAAGACCAAAAAAAGUAAGAUUUGAAGUAUCAUAUCAAGUAUUUUAAAACAACACUGAAUGCACAAAACCACAUUAUAUCACUCAGAUUAUCUCUAUUCUGUGCCCAUGGUGAAUUAAAGAAGUAGUUUGACAUUUUGUCAUAUGUGCUUAAUUGCUUUCUUCUUAUGAGUUAGAUGAGAAGCUCAUUUCCACCGUCAUGUCUGUCUGUCAGUUAUGAAGACACAUCAUAAAGGGCUCUGUCCAAAGGUUAAAAAAAGAUCAUAAAAAAACCCCAAAAAACAUCAAUUUGUGUUUUUAUGCAGGUUAUAACACUGCAUCCUUUAAUGAGUUGUUCCAGCACAUAACCUGUAAAACCUCAACUUGUCAUUCUCACAGUUGGAUUUUGUAAUAAACAAACAAAGCAUAAUGUGUUACUUAGUGAGCUUUAGAGGUGCUGAUAGGCAGAUUUUGUCACAUUUGUACAGAGCCAGGUUAACUGUUUCCCUUUGUAAGCUAAGCUAAGCUAACCAGCUGCUGCCCCGAGUCUCAAACUGUUCCUGCAGACAGGACGGUGGUAUCAGUUUUCUGACUCACGGCAAGAAAGCCAAUAUGCACAUUUUCCAAAAUGUUAAACUAUUCCUUUAAUAAUGAUUAUAAAACACAUAUCUUACUGCUCUUAAUUCACUUUUUAUAUUUUCUUUUUCACGCGUAAUGAACUCAUUUUGUCGGUGAGCAUGAGCACAAAAUAACAGUCGUUGCAGUAAUGUAACACAUCCUGUGCAACAGGAGAAAAAUUGCAGUUUCACGAGCUUCUUCAGCGCCGUGUUGACCUUAGAGGUUUGUGUGGAGUCCACGCUGCAAUUAUGAGCUGAAGACAUGCAGGGCAUGUUUUAGUGAGCUUCACACACUUCCUCGCUUCUCCUCCAGCAGUUCAUUUGUCAGUUGGGAUUCUUCUUCUUACAUUGAUGGAGGAGGGUUUGAUGUGUAAGCAGCGUGUUCGUGUUCGUGUGGAUGAAAAGUGAAAGGAAAAAUGUUUUUGAGUUGUCUCUGCCUGGUGUUUGUGACAUUCAGAGCCUUAUUAUGGUUCUCCGAUAACAAACAAGUGCUGAUUCAGAGUGCAGGUUUCUCAGUAAACAAAAGGUCCCUGUGUGUGUGUGUGUGUGUGUGUGUGUGCGUGUGUGUGUACAUGACUCAGAUAUGAGUGUUGUCUCAGUUACUGGUACUGUUCAGCCCACAUCUGCGGCCUUUAACUCUUUGCUGUUUGCAUUCAGUGGUGUUUAUGUUUUUUUUUAAUCUUUUGAUCAAACUUUUGCUUUUCGUACUUACAUUUUUUUCCAUCUCUGUCAAUAUUUGCACUCGUUGCAGUUUCUCCAAGACCAAAGAAGUCAGACGUUCUCUACUGGGCUUCCUUUGUUGCUCUGUUUGGUUGUAGUCAAAUGUGCUCUCUGGUUUUGUAAUCGAAUCUGUUCUUCUCGCAGGAAAAUGUGAAGAGACCUUUUGGAAAAAGUAAAGAAACAUUCCACAGAGAAAUUAUAAAAGGACACCAAGGGCAAAGACAGACUUUGGGCAAGAGAAAGACAGACGCAAAAAUGAAAAACUGUUCAAAGAAGUUGCUUGCAGUCCCAAUCAGGUUUGGUAAUUACGCUUUCCUCUCAUGUUCCAAAGCUGCAUGAUGAGUUAAAAUGCCAGAAAUUUCACACCAGUGACUGUCUCUUAACAUGGACGUGUGAGUUGCAGGAACAUGCUUUAGUUUCAGUCUCUGAAACAAAAGAUGGUGAUUUUCAGUCACUUAUUUGUCACUUGAUUUAAGGGAAGGGGACCUAAAAAUCUUAAUAAAAGCAAUGAUGGUGAUUGUC